AUGAUUACAUCAUCCGAAGCCCACACUAAAGUGUGUACCCUCCUGUGUGUAAAGGUGAUAGUGACAGGGAGCAGCCUCCAUGUCACUCCCACAUCCACAGUCACAGCCACAUCCACGGUCACAGUCACAUCCACAGUCACUCCCACAUCUACAGUCACCGCCACAUCCACAGUCAAAGUCACAUCCACAGUCACUCCCACAUCUACAGCCACAUCCACAGUCACAUCACUCCUACAUCUACAGUCACCGCCACAUCCACAUCCACACGCCACAGUCACAUCCACAGUCACUCACACAUCCACAGUCACUGCCACAGCCACUGCCACAUCCACAGUCACUCCCAUAUCCACAGUCACUGCCACAUCCACAGUCACUCCCACAUCCACUGUCACUCCCACAUCCACAGUCACUGCCACAUCCACAGUCACUCCCACAUCUACAGUCACUGCUACAAUCACAGACACAUGCACAGUUACAUCCACAGCCAUAGCCACAGUCACCACCACAGUCAUGUCUACAGUCACAUCCACAGUCACCGCCACAGUUGUAGCCACAUCCUCAGUCACCAUCACAGCCAUAGUCACUGCCACAUCCACAGUCAUCGCCACAGUCACCACGGUCACCUCCACAGUCACUGCCACAGUCACCACGGUCACCUCUUCAGUCACCGCCAAAGUCACCACGGUCACCUCCACAGUCACUGCCACAGCCACAGUCACAUCCACAGUCACAUCUACAAUCAAAUCUAUAGUCACCACCACAGUCACAUCCAUAUCCACAGUCACAUCUACAAUCAAAUGUACAGUCACCACCACAGUCCCAUCUACAUUCACAUCCACAGUCACUGCCACAUCCACCACCACAGCCACAGUUACAUCCACAGUCACAGCCACAUCCACAUCACUGCCACAUCCACAGUCACCGCCACAUCCACAGUAA